AUGGUGAUCAUUGCUGAAAUCGUCUCAUCAGAAAACUCUCAAAACUCCGAAAACACCAUCCAAGAAGAAACAUCUCCUUUAGCCAUGGUGAACUACAAAUCGUCUUCUACCUCAAUCAAAACUUAUGAAAACCCUAAAAGCUCAUCUCCUAAACCUAAAGAAGUAGACAGUAAGAGUGAUAAAGGAGAAUCUUCUGUCUCAAGUGUCCUUCAAAGGUUAAAAGAGUGGAAAGAGAAGAAACAAAGGGUGAAGUCUCUUGAAGAGAAAAUUAAAGAAUUUGACGAGUUUGCUCAAGAGAAAAACUCAGAAGAGACAAAAGAGGAGGACGAAGAAGAAGAAGAGAUGAAUGUGGGAGAAGAAGAUAAAGAAGAUCAGAACAAUUCAAAAAGGAAGAAUCAGAAAAGGAAGAGGAAAAAGAGGAGUUAA